CGGCGCGACGGUGCUUCUUCCUUGUUUGCGAUACUUGCUUAUUCCCUCUGUCGUACGCCAGGCGCAGAGAUCUUUCGCUUUUGGCUUUCAGGCUUCUUUCACCCUUUCUGCGUUGAGCGCACACCUUCUCUAUCUUCGCAGGCCGACUUGUAACACCAUAUUCUAAUAUCCUCUCUUCUUGACGGCGAACACUACGAACCCAAAUCUAUCUCAAUAACACCACCAUGGAGAAACAAACUCUGGCUACCUCAUCAAACGACGACUACGAAAACGCCGCCUUCCUCAACACAUCCUACCUCAAAGACUCCGAGACCACACGGCGGCGAAACUAUGUCUACCUCACGCUCUUCAACCUAUUCAUAUUCACGCUCUCAAUGCUGAGCCUGAUCUGUGCCGUCAUGUCGCAGAAGGAUAGCUCAGGCUACUCAGCAGCAAAACUAAUGGACCAAUUCGACAUCUUCUCGCCCGCCAUGCAUGAAGUCGAGUACACGCACGUCAAAUACUCGCUCCCGAAGCCGCUGAAUGCGAGCAAGUAUGUGGGGACGACCGAGGAGGUGGAGAAUGCGUGGAUGGAUAUUGCGUAUUUGCCUGAUCAGAUGGUCUCGAAAGCGGACUUCCCGAAGUUGAAGAAGCCGGACGAUGCAAUGCAAGUCACCGACCCAAACACCGGAGAGACUGGGUACCGCGUCGGCAUCGAAGUCUUUCAUCAAUUGCACUGCUUAAAUCUGCUGCGCAUGAGCACGUAUCCGGAUCACUAUAAGACGAUUUCGUGGAGCGAUACUAAUGAUGCGCCUGAGAAGGUCAGGGAGCACUUAGAUCACUGCAUUGAGAUCCUGAGAAUCAAUCUCAUGUGCCUGAGUGACGUUAACGUGUUUACGUUUCAUCCGACGAAGGAGGAGGGGAAGCAGGGGAUGGGUGGCUACUGGCCGGAUUACGAGAGUGAACAUGUGUGCAGGAAUUUUGAUCACAUCAAGGAUUGGGCGAGGGCGAAUGCUGUGCCUGAUGCAGAUGUGUAGUUACCACGUCACCUUAUCAAUCACAGAAUUUUUUUUGGUUUUA